AAUUUUUCCUCUUUUUUUUCAAACUUUCUGUCUGUCUGUCAGUCUGUCUCUCCUCCUUCCAGGCUCUCUUCAUCCGUCUGUCUGGGUCUGCCUCCUCAGCCACUUCAGCUGUGCCACGCACUCCUUCCUCCACAUCCCUUGCUCCUUAUUUUCCUUUACUACUCUCUCUUAGACCGUGGCUCUCUCUCUUUCUCCCUGUAUCUCUUUCUCUCUUUCUGUUUCACUAUCUGUCCUCCCACAGCCAGUGGUCUGCUGGGGGGGAGAAGUGUGUAAGUGUGUGUGUGAUUGUGUGAGUGUGUGUUGGGGGGUGUUUGGUUUCCUUCCACAAUGGAAACUCAAUCAGGAAACAGAGCAGAGGAGUUGAAAGGCGAGGGACACACAUGGGCUGUUGACGCCAAAGAGGACCUGCAGGAGAACAGGCGCAUUGAGAGGUUCGACAUACCGCUAAGUAGCCUCAAGAACAUGUUUGAGAAGCCUCCAGCACACAACACGGAAGUAAAGGGCUCUCCCUCCUCUGUUAGGAGAUCUCUGGAUCAAAAGGGUAGUACAACAUCUGUAAAAGAAGUGUCCAAUCAGAGUGAAGAUAUGAGUAUCUUGGCAGGCAGCACAGGUGUUCCAGGGGACCUACAAGGAAAUCUUGAAGGUGAAACCGAGACAGUUCCUCUCAAACAGAGACUAGCCCUGUACCAGGCGGCCGUCAGCAAGGAGGAGAAAAGCCCUGCUAGUGUGGUCAUGGAGGACUCUGAGGCGUGCUCGUUGCCAGGUGGUCUGGCCAGUGUGAAGAAACAGUUUGAGAGUCAGAAAGUCAGCUCUUCCUCUUCCCAAAGCACCGUCACACAGUACCAUUAUCAGCAGAGACAGGAAGUGGCAAGCUCAUCUGAAAUGAGUGUGAGAAGCAGCGUGAGAGAAAGUCACAGCACACAGGAUCACAAAAUUCAACAGGAAGUUGCAUCCAGCUUUGGGAACCACUUUGAUGAAAACGUGGUCGUCAUUGGAGGUCAGGAGCUGCCUAAAGUUUCCACCCAAGUUCUGAAACAGCAGCAUGAAAAAAGUAUAGAAGAAGCCACUCCAAGCAAGCACAUUAAGAUUGACCUUGAUUACAGCCAGUUUCAAUGGGCACCAGCUAAUACAUCAUCAAAAAUGACAACAGAAGGUAGUUAUGAGUCUGUUACAAAAAACAUGAAAGAGACCUCCUCUACCUGCUCUGCCUCAGCCAGUGCCAAUUAUGACACCACCACUGAGCACUUCCCCCUGCCACCCCCUGCCACCGAUCUCCUUCAGAUACCUACAGAGAUCCCAGGGCGCUGUUCCUCUCCCCAGCCUGCUGAUCAAGUGGUGCCCGGUGCUUCCCAAAAGUACCCAGUCACCAAGGAUCAGUACUUUAAGCAGAGAAACCUCUACGAGCUGAAGCGUUUGUACAAACAUAUUCAUCCAGAGGUGCGCAAAAACUUGGAGCGAGACUUCAUCACGGAAAUGGAGCACUCUCACAUGGACAGCGAUGAGGAAAUGAGCAGUGACAUACAGCAGGCACGGUACGUGUUUGAGAACAGUGGCAGCAGUCCAGGGAAGUGCAUGAGCCCAGAACGAGAGUAUCUGGAAUGGGAUGAGAUUCUGAAAGGGGAAGUGCAGUCUAUGCGCUGGAUGUUUGAGAAUAAGCCACUUGAUGCCAUCAAAGAUGACACACCAGAUGAGAAUGAAAGCAGGAACAUUGCCCAACAGGAAAUCAUUGCUGGGAAAGAUGUGAAAUACACAACAUGGAUGUUCGAAACAAAGCCCAUUGAUGCCCUGGGUACAGAAACACCCGACUCAACAGAUCACAGUGGGAAACUAAAAGAACUAGCAAGAGGAGAUGUCCAAACUGCAACCUGGCUUUUUGAGACCCAGCCUCUGGACACCAUGAAUAAGAUCUAUCUAGAAGACCAAGACGAGCACAGCAUGUAUACCAAAGAUAUUACAGGGGGGGAUGUAAAAACUGCUAGAUACCUGUUUGAAACUCAGCAUCUUGAUUCUCUUGGCCACACUGAGACAAUAGAUGAAUCACACUUCCUACAACUAAAGUCAGAGCUGGAAGAGGUCAAGGGAGAAGUCAAAACAACAACCAAAAUGUUUGAGACCCAUCCCAUGUGUGUCAUUAGGGGUGACUCUGGUGAAAUGCUACAGAUUACAACUGUGCGGCGCGAGGAGACAGAGAAAGGCGACGUGAAAACAUCACGGUGGCUCUUUGAAACCCAGCCUUUAGAUAUGAUUAAUAAGGACCCAACUAAAGUUAAGCUUAUUUGUGGCGUCUCCAUGGAAGAGGAUAUUCAAGGUGGCGUGAAUCGGGGCAGGUGGCUCUUUGAGACAAAAACCCUUGAUCAAAUCAAAGAUGAGGAAUGGGAAAGCACUAAAACUCAAAGAGAGGAGAUCAUUGGAGCAGAUGUUCGGAGACACUGCCUGACUUUUGAGACACAACCUAUGGAUUCAUUAAAAGACAACACAAAUGCAAGGCCUUCCGAACCAGAGGACAUCUUGGGAGGAGAUGUAACUUCAACCAGACAUCUGUUUGAGACAGUGCCAAUGGAAAACCUGAAAGAGUUGCCCGAAGUUGGAAAACUGCAAAAGGUUGUUGCCUCAGAAGAAGAGAAAGGAGAUGUGAGACAUCAGAAGUGGUUAUUUGAAAGUAAACCUCUUGAACAAAUCAGAGAGGACAAAAAGGAAGUCUCACGGACUGUAAGGCUGCAAGAGCUGGACAAGGGCGAUGUCACCAACUACAAGGAGAUUUUUGAGACCAUGGAUCUGAGCAAGUGCACAGACACACAGAAAAUAGCAGUGGAAGGUGUCACCAGUGGAUCAGUCAAAUCAAACAAAGUUCUGUUUGAGUCCACACCCUUGUACGCCAUGCAGGACAGCUCAGGGCACUACCAUGAGGUCAAAACUGUACACCGGGAAGAAGUUGUCAAGGGUGACGUCCGAAGCUGCAAAUGGAUGUUUGAAACCCGACCCAUCGAUCAGUUUGACGAGAGCAUAAGUAAAUUUCAGCUCAUCAAAGGAAUUUCCAAACAAGAGGUUGAAGCAGGUGAUGUCAAAACAGCCAAGUGGCUAUUCGAAACUCAGCCUCUUGAUGGGAUCAAAUAUUUCAGCAAUGCGGAAGAAGCAGACAAUAUGAAAAAUGAGACCAUUGAGAUACAAAAGGGUGAUGUUAAGACAUGCAGAUGGUUGUUUGAGACUCAACCAAUGGAUGUGCUGUAUGAAAAAGCAGAGGCAAAGUCUGAAGAUAGCACAGAGGUCCAGAAAGGUGACGUUAAAACCUGCACCUGGCUUUUUGAGACCCAGACCCUUGAUAGUAUCAAAGAUGAGUCUGAGACUAUCUUAAAAACCUGCACAGUGAAGCAAGAUGAUAUCCAAGGCAAAGACGUACGCCUUGCUCGUUUUAUGUUUGAGACAGAGAACUUGGAGAAUAUCCAAGCAAGUGAGGAUUAUGGCAACUUCAAACGAGUGACACAAAUAGAUAUUGAAUCUGGAGAUGUAUCAAGGAUGAAAUACAUAUUUGAGAAUCAGUCAUCUGAUAUUAUGAGCUCUUCUUCUGAGGAGAUUCUGCAAAAAAUUAAGCAUCGUCAGGAUGAAGACAUCCAGAAAGGAAAUGUUGUAAACUGCACCUGGAUGUUUGAAAACCAGCCUAUUGAUUCCAUCAAGGAGAACACGGAAGAAUCAAUGGUGCGUACUGUGACAGAUGUUCAAGGAGGUAACGUUGACAAAGGACGUUUCAUUUUUGAGACAUUUUCCCUAGAUAAAAUUCAGGAAGAUUCUUCAGAGACAGAAAUAAACAAGCUUCAGAGCAUUAUUCGAGAGGAGAUUGAAAGAGGAGAUGUGAAGAACUACACCAUGAUGUUUGAGACCCAACCACUUUAUGCUAUUCGAGACAAGGAGGGACACUUUCAUGAAGUGACUACAGUCACCAAGGAGGAAAUUCUGAGAGGUGAUGUGAUUGGGGCAAGAUGGAUGUUUGAAACAAAGCCAUUGGACUCAAUAAGAGACACAGAUGAGGUUUAUGUGAUUAAAGCUGUUACACAGGAAGAUAUACAGAAAGCAGAUGUCAGCACAGCCAGGUGGAAGUUUGAAACCCAACCUCUCGAUGAAAUUGCUGAAGAUAUGAAAGUCACCAUCAAGACAGUUGCAGAUAUCCAGGGCGGAGAUGUUAAAACAAACAAGCAGCGCUUUGAAAGUGAUGACAUGUCUCAAAAGUAUGUCAGAACUGUUAGUGUAAGUGAGAUACAAAAAGGGGACGUACGAAGUGCUACAUGGAUGUUUGAAACUCGUACAAUUGACAAUAUCCGAGGAGAAGGUUCAGAAUACAAUGAAAUGGAGAAAGUAACCCAACAGGAAGUGGUGAAGGGUGAUGUUAAGCAGUCAGUGUGGCUCUUUGAAAAAGAACCUCUUGAUCAAAUCAAGGAAAGUGAUGGGACAGAAAGUGUGGUUUCCCGUGAAGAGAUUCCCAAAGCUGAUGUCAAGACCACAACAUGGCUUUUUGAAACCACACCUCUAACCGAGUUUAAUGAGAGCAGUUUGGAAAAGACGGAAAUCAUUGGUAAGAGCAUCAAGGGAACCUUAGAGGAACUUUACAGUCAGAAAAUGGUUGACUCUAAAGGCAUUCUUAUAGAAGCAGAUGAGAUUGGUGACGUUAGGAUGGCCAAGUACAAUCUACUGAAUCAGAAGACUCCAGAGAUCCAGAGAGAGGAGGUUCUUCGGGGAGACCUGAAUAACAUCAUGAUGAACCUGCUCAACAGGUGCGAGACAAGUGAGAGAGCCAUCACCAUUGAUGCAGAGGAGAGGGGGAAUAUCAACACAACUGUCCAACAGCUGUUUAGUCAGGAAAGGGGUGUUAAUGUUGAAAAAGAAGAUGUCAUCAAAGGAGACAUACAAGAAGCCAUCAGCAGCCUGCUUAAGCAGGAAGGGUCUGCUAAACGUGGCAUUUUGAUUCAAGAAGAUGAAAAAGGAGAUGUGAGGAUGACUAUAUAUUCUCUUCUGAACAAGGAAGAAGGAAGCUCACUUGAGAAAGAGAAUAUAGUUAAAGGAAAUGUCCGUGGCACUCUGCAUAUGCUGUUGUCCAAUGGUGCAAAAGGACAAGGCUCAAAAAUACAAGUUGAUGAAACAGAGAGAGGUAAUGUGAGUUUUUAUUCAACUUGUAUUGAGUCUGGUGCACUGGAGUACCUGAGACAACUUCAAUUGGGAUCAGAUGAAACAGUUAGUGAGGAAAAGGUUAAAGAACAGAUUAUCGGAGGUGAUGUGGAGCUUACAAAAAUGAUUCUGAGGAAAAACCAGCAGGCCAUUGGACGAACUGUGGCAGAAAACGAUAUUGUUCCUGGCGAUGUUCACAACACUGUGCAGGUGUUUAUGAUGGAACCAAUGCUGUCUUUGAGCAAUCUUCAGAAAGAAGAGAUUGUAAAGGGAGACUUGAGAGCAGCCCUUGAUUCACUGACACAAGCAGUAAAUCAAAGCAGAUCUGUUGAGAAGGAGGAUGUGGUCAAAGGUGACAUCAACACCACGCUCAAGUCACUGGAAGAUGCCCAGAACCAACUUAAAGAAAUGGAGAAGCCUGAGAUUGUUCCUGGAGAUAUCCGAGGGGCCCUGGAAUCCCUUGAGAAAUCAUCAAGUGCUAAGACAGAAGUAAUAAUUGAAGACUUAGUCCCAGGUGACAUCAAGGGUACUUUACGUUCUCUCGAGGAGGCGAAACAGGCAGUGAAAGAGGUUGAGAAGGAGGAAAUUGUAAAAGGUGACAUCCACACUGCUUUGAUGAGUUUACAGGAGGCAUCAACUGAGAAAAAAACCUUCCAGCAUCAAGUAAGUGAACUGGGCGAUGUUAAGGGCACCAUUCAGCUUCUUCUGGAACCUGGCUCCUCCCCUCAUAUGCAGAGAAGAGCGAGUAUAGAGGGUGAUGUAAAAUCAUCAAUUAAAUCCCUUUACGAGCAGGAGCAAACUCAAAUGGAGAAGGAGGAGGUGAUCAAGGGAGAUGUUCAGGGAACCAUUAAAUGUCUUAUGAAGAAGAAAGAACAGUCAAGUCGUAAGUCAAAAUCAAAUCCUCACAGGAAAGGUACAGCUCCCGUACAUAACCCAGUUCCUCCUCAGCCAGAGGCCCAUCAGUGCCCGAUUGGGCCCAAGACUGAUACAAAAAACAUGCCUCAGAAUACCGAAUCACAUCAGAACACACAAAAGCAAACUGAGGUCAAAAAGGAUCAAAGCCAUACCUCUGCUCAAGAUCUCCAUUCAACAACUAAGCAUGUGACAACAGUUAACCAAGCCCAAGCCGAGUCGUCCCAAGUCUCACAGAAGAUAAACAUGAAAGACGUAAAACAGAAGCAAAACAUCCCUAAUCCCAUAACCGUGAAGAAAAAGAAUGUGGGAAAGCAAAUGUCUGAGAAAAGAUGUGAAAGUGCUGCUGUUGCAUCUGGAGAAUCCCAAACAAGGGAGACUAAACAAACAACUGAAACCAUCAAACAAACCCAACAAACCCAAGAAAUUAGGACAGUCACACAAGUUCAAACUGAGGUGACAACAGUGGACACCACAGUUACCCAAAAGCAGAGCAUGAAGAACUUAAACUCUGGACAAAAUAUCAAGAGUCUAAAAACUGAGCAAAAUGUUAAAAGUCUGAACCGAAACCUCAAUCCAAAGGGGAUGAUCAAAAAGAAGCCCCAGCCAGAAAUUCAAUUUCCUCCUCCUCCAAACUUUCCUCCACCGCCUUCUGAGUCAGAGCUCUCUCUUCCACCUCCACCUUCUCCAGUGUCAGAGUCUAACAUCCCUCCUCAUCCUCCAUUGGUUGUUAGACAGGAUAGUGAUCUUCCCCUUCCACCACCACCUCCACCUGCCACUGAAGCAGAGGCUGAAUUCUUUCCUCCACCUCCCCAGGACUUGCUUCCACCUCCCCCAUCACAACAGGAACUCAGCUCUGUGGCCCAGCCAGGUAUUGGAAAGCCAAAAGGGCGACCCAUGUUUAAAGUGCCUAAGACUGAGCCUCCAAAGCAACCAGAGCCACCCAAAGCAGCACAAUUUAAGUGGCAGAAAAAACAAAGUGCUCCUGCUCCUCCACCACCACCCCCACCACCCUCAUCCCCCCCACAAACAUCUGUGGUUGAGCAGAAAGAAACCGUAAAGGCAGCGCAUGUUACAACAGUGAUCGAAACUAAAGGGAUGGAGAAAAAGCAUGCAGAACAUGUAAAGGCACCUCAGAUGCCACUUCCAAAAGACAGUGGAGCUCCCACGGUAUUACCAGUACCAGCACCAAAAGUACAGCCUGAAGAGCCCCCUCGACCCAAAAAAGUGUUUAUUCCUCCAAUUAAACUUCCCCCACCCCCUGAGUCUGCCGAAGAGCCAAAGUCGAAAUCUUAUGCAAGGAAAUUCAAAACUCCACUGAUGCUUGCAGAAGAAAGAUAUCGCAAGCAAAGAGAGGAAACAGAAAAGAGCAAGACAGGGUCCACUCCAACAUCUCCUGCUGCUGACAUGCAGUUUCAGGCUGUAUCUGGUGUGAAGACUGAGGUAGAGUCAACCACACAGAGCAAACUUGAGCAAUCAGAAAUUGUAGAGGUAGCACAGGUACAGCUUAAAGAACCAGAGCCUGAGAAGAAACCAGUCACAGUGCCUAAAAUUGCAGUGCCUAUGAAAAAGCCAGUCCCUGUAACAGAAGAAAAACCUUCAAAACCCAUUACCUCAAAAGUAGUGCAACCACCCACAAAAGUUCCUGAAAAAGUACCUGAAAGCUUUCAGUUGAGCAAGCCUACUUUUCCUAAAGUUGGUAAGAAAGUAGGCACCGAGUUCUCCAACUUUUCUUCAGAUAAAAAGCAGAUCUCUGCUACUAUCACCCAGACUACAGCUGAGAUUAAAGUUCAGCCAACAUCUACUCAACCUCCAGCAGUUGCUGAGCAACUUGAAAAUGUAAAGGCAAGCUCUCAAACUACCAUCUCCAAGCAAGAUGAUGCCCACAGUCACUCAAAACAGCAGUCCACGAUGUCUGUCCACUGUCAGUCUAAUGUCUCUAUAAUAACAGAAGAAACUGUAACUGAGGAAGCAAAGAAGGCUCCCUCACAACCUACAAAGAUCCCAAAAGUCACUCCAAGCUUUAAAGUUAAGACUUUUAAGGUACCCAAAGAGGUGAAACAGGAGGACAAGAAAGAGUUGAUCCAGAAAGAGCAAACAGCUGUGGUGGAGGAUGUAAAAAAUGUACAGCACGUAUCCCAGCUUUCUGCUGGUCAGACAUGCUCCCAAAUCACCAGUCAUACACAGCAAGUAGUUAAAAUUGAGCAACAAGAACAAGUCAAGCAAACUGCCAAGUUGGAAGUACAUCAGAAGAUGUCUAAGCAAAAACUAAAGAUGGACACAAAGCAACCACCCCCUGUGGCACCUAAACCAUCAGUGGAGAUACAUCAUGUGAUACCACCAAUGUCUGUGGAUGUUCAUCAUCAUCAAGGGUCAGGGCAGACAACUGUCAUUCGUUCUCAGCAGGCUAUCAAAGAGGAACAUGUUGUGGUACAUGAAGAAAAAGUGGUCACUCAAAGUGCAGUCCAGCAGCAGAGAGUUCAGCAAAAGGGAAAGUUCCAGAUUAGUAAGCAAGUGAAGAGUCCACCAGGUGCGGAGGAGGCCAUUAAAGACCUUGAGAAGGAGUUCCAGGAGCAGAGUGAGCAAAAUGUAAAGACUGGAUCUGAGACCACCUCUGAUGUUCAGAAAUGUGAGGAAAUGCAGAAACUACUGAGUCAUAUCAAGGAGAUACAAGAAAAAGCAGGAAAAAUGGAUGCCAAGUCAGUAAAGGUCAUGCUGAGUAUGAUUCCUGACUGGUUGGUUGGAGCUGAGGAAAAGGCAGAAUUAAUACGAGCACAGUUCAAUAAGCAAAAACAACAGGAAAUCAUUGUCUACGUGAGGAACCUUGCUCAAGCAAAACUUACUUUUUUAGAGGGAAAUUUGUCUGUACUGAGAAAAUCUGAGAGUGAACAAGUGCAGGAAAAGAAGGCUACCAGUGGAACAUCACAGAAAAUCUCUAAAAUAAGCAUCGGCUCAGCUAAAGUGGAGACUCAGAAAAAAGUUGUGGAGAAAAACAUUCACGAGCAGAGCGAGGCUAAAAGUACAGAUUUCAAGACAAUGCCUCCAGAGCUUAGAAUGAGAACUCCAUCUCCCACAUACAUUUGCAUUGAGACAGCGAGGAGGACAGACUCUCCAUUGCGAGCAACCCCCUCUUCUCCGCCACCCUACAGAUCAGGUGCCACCCCAACACCCCCACCUCGUGGCUCGGAAACUCCUACGAGAAUUCACAGAGCGACACCCUCGCCAACCAUGAGUCGCUCAGACAAGCUAGCCAAACUGAGAGAUACAACUGGUAAGCCCUCUCACGGUGCAACUCCCCCACCCAUGCCUUUGCCUGAGCAUAUGAUGAAGGUGCAAAGUGAAAUCGAAGAGUCUUGCUCAUCCAGCCACCAAGGCUUCAUUAUGGAGUCCCACAUGAUGGAGUCGUCCAUGCUGGAGUCAUCUGUGGAGAUUCAUGGUGACUCCAUGAUGACAGUGAAAGACAAACGUGAGUUUUUUGAGGAGGCUCAGAAAGCAGAGGUAAAUCGCCAAUAUUCCCGAAGGGAUCCAAUCGACAUCCCAGAACGGCUGGGAGCAGAUGCAGAGGACAAUGAGACAGAGAUCUCUAUAGACCUUCAUGAAAAGAUGAUUGAAGAUCUUCCCAAAGUUGACCUGUCCAAACUCGUCAAUAAAUUUGAGUCUCCGCAGCCCAAAGUCUACAUUAGGAAGGAUCCUAUUGUUAUACCUGAAAGACUAGAAAGUGACACAGAGGACACUGAGGCUGAAUCGCAGAGAAAAACAUUGGAGGAGAUACCAACUUUUGAUGUCAAGGCCCUGAAGAAUGUGUUUGAAAUGGGUGAGCAAGCCCACCAAUUUCUCAGAGAGGAGAAAAAGAACCUGGAAAAGCAAGAAGAAACGGUCGAACCCAAAGGUUUCACAGAGACAAAAUCCGUUACAGAGCACUACUCCACUGUUGAUGAGGUCGGAAACACGAUUAUUGGGUCAAGAAGUGAGAUGACGUCUCACUCUGAGAGCAUGACAUCUCGCGGUGAUCCUCCGACAUACGCGGAUGUGGUGCGAGGGAACGUUCCUGUUCUGGAUGUACCACCUGAGGCUUCGGCGGAGGAACUUCUGAAGAGUUUCCAGCAAACGUGGGCAGAGAGCGAGAAAGCGUUCAAGAACUUGGGAUUCAGUGCCUCGGGACAGCAUACUUCACAGACUGUCUCACAUCAGCAGCAGACUGUCUUGACUGAAAACAAGGGUGCCAGAGUCCGAACUGUGUCGGGAAUGUCGGAAGAGGGUGUAUCCCAUGGAGUCUCUCAUAGCGGACAAACAAAAUUUUCAUAAAACCUGCUUCAGGUGUGCCCACUGUAACAGCCAACUCAGCCUAGGAAACUUUGCCUCUCUCCAUGGACGAAUGUACUGCAAACCCCACUACAAACAGCUCUUCAAGUCCAAAGGAAACUACGAUGAAGGAUUUGGAGAAAAGCCCCACAGGGAGCUUUGGAGUGGGAAAAAUCC